AUCUGCUUCCAGCUCCCCGGCCGCGAUACAGCCACGUUUCCUUUCGCCAUGGCGUCAUCAUUGAACCUCGGGAAAUACGUUGACCUCGACAAGCAGAGUCUACUGAUCUCAGCAGGGUCAAUUGUCUUCAAUCCGCUCUUCUGGAACAUCGUCGCUCGUCAAGAAUACCACAACAAGAUCCUGACCCGGCUCUUCGGCGGCAAGCGCUACGCCGCCUGCUACGCCCUGGCCGCGACAAUCUUCUCGCUCGGCCUCGUCCGCGACUGGCUCUACAAGGUGGCGCUGUCGGAGCAGCCGUCGCACCCGCUGCUGACGUCGCUCUACGCGCAGGCCGCGGGCUACACGCUGCUCGUCCUCGGCAACGUCCUGGUCGUGUCGUCGACGUGGCGGCUGGGCAUCACGGGCACCUUCCUGGGCGACUACUUUGGCAUCCUGAUGGACGACAUGGUGACGGGGUUCCCCUUCAACGUCACGUCGGCGCCCAUGUACUGGGGCUCGACGAUGAACUUCUUGGGCACCGCGCUGGUGUACGGCAAGCCGGCGGGCUUGUUGCUGACGGCGGGCGUCUAUCUCGUGUACGUCGUUGCGCUGCGGUUCGAGGAUCCGUUUACGGCGGGGAUUUAUGCGAAGCGGGAGAGGGAGAGGGAGGCGGCCAAGUCGGGGAAGAAGAAGAUUUGA